CAAGAACAACUACAAGCAGGGCACAUUUGCCCAUCUACCGGCCCUUGCAACACACCUGUGUUAGUAAUUCCAAAAAGGUCAGGCAAAUGGAGACUGUUACAUGAUUUACGCCAAAUCGAUGAAGUACUCGAAGACCUGGGACCUCUCCGACCUGGACUUCCAUCACCUACCGUGGUCUAUAAAGACUGGAAUAUUUUGGUGAUAGAUCUGAAAGAUUGCUGUUUUACUAUCCCCAUUGACCCCAAAGAUAGUGACCGUUUUGCUUUUUCAGUGCCUUCGAGCGAUAAACGAGGGCCGAUGCGCAGAUUCCGAUGGACGGUAUUGCCACAGGGAAUGAAGAAUUCUCCGACUAUAUGCCAGAAAUAUGUAGAUAGAGCAUUAACACCUUUUCGGAAAAAGAACCCUCGCUUGUUAAUAUAUCAUUAUCUAGAUGAUAUGUUGAUAGCUGGGCAGAUGGAUCUGGAACCAUUCAGAGAGGAGCUGUGUUUAACCCUCGAACUGUAUCAUUUGCAAAUUGCACCUGAAAAAGUUCAAACUAGUAUGCCAUGGAAAUACCUCGGUUGGAAAAUUUUAGACCGAAGCAUUGAACCUCAGAAGGUGUCGAUCCAUAGGGAGGUCUGAACGCUAAACGAUGUGCAGAUUCUCAUAGGGAACAUAAAUUGGGUCCCAUCGCUACUGGAUAUCGAUAACAAAACGUUAGAACCGCUAUUUGAACUGUUGAAGGGGGACUCUGAUCUAAACGCCCUUCGUAAAUUGACCCCUGCAGCCCGACGAGCCCUUACGGCAGUCGACGACGCUUUAACUCAGAAACGAGCGCUUCGUGCGGUGUUUGCGCUUCCCACCGAGUUACCGCUUCUUAAUCGUGAUUUUCAGCCUGUUGGAUUGAUUAUGCGAUGGGUAGUGUUUACUGGCUAUGGAGGAGCUAUUGAAAUAUACAUAGUCAUCGUUCAUUUAUGCAACAGGAAUUCCUUGUUGAAUGCCCCAAAUGUAGUCCGAUGCCUGAGCACGGACUCACAGUAUUUACAGAUUGCAGUGGGAAAACCGGUAUCCCGAAACGCAUUAAAACGUACGAUGCUCCCGCAUAUCUUUCUCACUCAGUGUGACGAUAUUUUCACCGAUGGGGAAUUCGACAUGUGGCAGAAAAAGGGGGAGUCUGGAGAGCCCCCGGCGAACAGAUUAGCUAAAGUACAAUGCGUCUUAAACUUUUUACGAUUACCGGUGAACGCCGCUGUCCCACCCCUAGUAACACAUAUGCAAGCAAUGUCUACAGAGAUGACAGAAUUUACAGUGGAAAUUAAAGUCUUACUGAAAACUCCAGAAGGAAAUUGUGAGGGCCCUAUGAAACGAUUAAUGUGGGGUCGAGGAUACGCUCGUGUUUCCUCGGGUAACGGACCACGAUGGGUCCCGGCUAAAUGGGGAGCCCUACGGAAACGCUCCGAGGAAUGGACAUCGUAA